CAACAACAGUACUUCGCAUUGAUUGAGAAGUCGAGUGGAUUAAUGACAACAAUGGUAUGUAUGCAACAACGUACAGAGGUUUAGGCCAAAGGACGUGACCGAAAUCAGGGAAAGAAUCAGAAAAUUGUUUGUAUAUUCGUCUUAAAUGCAGUGUGGAACUGCAAUUUAUACAAUUAAUUGGUUGUUGUGUUUAUUACUAGAUUGAUACGGAGAUUAUUGUUCUGUUUAUUUUGGCCUUGUGUCGCAGUCGCAUUCCAUCUGGUUGUAAACACAAACAAGAGUGAAUUAACUACUCUGUAUCGAAGACAACCAACAGUCGGACAAUCGCCUUCGACGAUUAUUGUGACUGAGUUUCAAUAUAGAUAUGAGCUCGAAAGAAAGACCCAACUACAAUAAUACGCAUUUUGAAGAGUCCUCGUUCCUCUCUUCAGACUCCGUGUCUUCGCGAACGCCACUUACAGUUCGGGAUUCACCGUCCCCGGAUCUUCAGCAUACCCCUGUUGAAAAUCCAUACGAAAUUCCUGUAGACUUUGAAGCUAGAAGGAAGCAACAUGAACAAGAAAUGCUUGAUCGUAGAUCCAUUGCCCACAAAAAGAAGCAUUGCCUCAUAUAUGAGCCUACUAGUACUGCUGCCAACGGAAGUGCCUCAUCACAGCGUGCUUUAGCAAGACAAUUUUCUGACGAAGAGCAAGGCAAUGAACUACAUUUUGUUCACCACAAUGAGAAGAGAUACAAAUGCACGUUUGUAGCGUUGUUCUUGCUAGUCGCUCUGUCAAUUGCCAUGGGAGGAGUUGGGUUGUUUAUGUUUUUGCAGAAACAUUUAAGUUCAAGCAGCGAAGAUAAAGUAGUCAAUAAAACAUCAAAAGAUGAGUACAGUAGACAUAUUGCCUCGAAGUACCACAUCGACAACAUCACAGUAUCAAAUAUAACGAACGAUAUGAUAAAUCACCUUGUUGAGCACAACCUGAUGUUGCAGCUGAAAUUGGAUGAGUUACAGACAAAAAUGACCCAUCUGACCCAAAAAACAAUUCCAUCUUUGGAAUUAAAGAUAAAGAACGCGGAACAGUUGGCCAUGAAGGUUAACAAAAGCGAGCUGAUAGGACCCCGGGGGCCAACUGGCCCCCAAGGGCUGCCGGGUCCUCGAGGAUUGAAUGGUCCAGCCGGAGACAAAGGUAACCAGGGGCUACGGGGAGACAGCGGACCACAAGGGGCUCACGGACCCCAAGGACCUCAGGGGCCGCCAGGAGCGGGCAACUUUAGCCAAUGCACAUUCAAAGUGAUUCCUAUAGUGACCAAUGUCUAUGGAGCCAAUCCAAAAGCUACAUUCACCCAAACUCCAAGCAUUUUUUCAUCCGAGACCAAGUUCAUCUUCGGAGUUGGUUGCACAUCACGUGGCUCCGCUGAGUAUAUAUUAGAAACAACAAAACGUGGGCAACGUGAUGUCUUCACUUGUUUCUGUGGAGGCGUUGCUACGUCAACGAGACUUCAGCCUGUACAGAAUAGAAUCACAUGCACGAUUUAUUAUUGGGAAUGUCCAAUGAUAACCCCGACAACAAAAUAACACGCAAAAGAUCGUUAGAAAUAUAUAAGAAUGAAUAUCUAGUUAUAAUCUUUAUGUUGAAUGUAGAUGUUAGUAGCCCGCUCCAUUAGGAGGAUACUAUCCUGAAGAAAGCGAACAGCCAUUGGUAUGAUUACGAGUUCCUAAUUUUUAAACCAAAUAAUACCUUCGUUUGAACCAUGGUUGACCUGACAAUUUUUCGUGUUUCUGUAACAAUUACGUUUGUGCGUAAUAAUCAAGAACUGUUGGCUUUCGCAUAUUUUGUACGAAGAAUGGAGAAUCACCCGUCACCCCCUCGCGGACAAAUGCAUCAAGCGAACUAAGGUUAUAAACUUGAAUAUGUGAUUGUUCUAGCAAUUACUUUCAUCUAUAGAUGACAUCUUUAGGUUCCCGCCAAUCGUCGUUGCAGUGAGCUGUUCAGUUUCGAAAAAGCUAGAAACGUCUUUUGUAAAUUGAUUUUUUGAAUGAAAGACAUUCUACGAGUGUCAUUGUGCAUUCAUUCUUCGUACAUGAAAACCCUGUUGCCAUUUUACAGUUAGCUAGGCUGCAAGCCAAAUGGGACGUUGUGGCUGUGAAUUGCCUGCAAAGAAAGCUGUUGCAAUCAUGCUUAUCUCCAGCGCGCCAUUUUCCAAUUUAUAAGCUGUGCAUAGUCGUACGUUUGCCAAUAUUUUUCCAAAAUGUUCUUAAGAGACUUAUAUUUGUGUAUAGAAAUUUUUUGAAUAAUCUAGUUUGCAAAUAUUUGAGGCCUUUGUUAAACUUGGGUCAUAAAGACCUAUAAUUGGAUUAAUUUUUAAAUGAUAACUGCUUCAUUCAAAUCAUGAUUCAUGUUGGUUAAAAAUGUUCUCAAAUAUAUGCAAAAAAGCGAAUGAAAUGAAUAUUUUGUAAAUAUUUAUGUCUUAGUUGUAGCCAGUUGUAAUUUCUCAUUUUGAUAGUUUGAGAUGUAGAAACACAUUUUACUUUGUAGAAAGAAGAACAUAUAUAAAUAUAUAAAUGCACGAUGAAGUAACCCCCCCCCCCCUCCUCCCUUCCAGUGCUCAAAUCUAAUUGAUAUCACAGUUGUUCAUAAUGUUAGCAAAACAAUAGUUGGUACGUCAAAUAAACUUGAGUGUUUACCAAGAGGUCCUUGUAGAUUCCUCUGAAGGACUUAGCGCCUUGAUAUCCUUCCCAAAGCGACAUAUUUCCAAAUGUAUUGAUUUCAUGGCUUUAUCUUGACUACUGAUGGAAGAAGUUUCUAUGUACCAUUUUUUGUGGUACCGUUAAAGCCAUGUACCCUUUAUAGUAGUAUGCAGUAUUCCUGGGUCAGCUAGGCUCCAACUGCAAGCCAUUUUCUCCCUUUAUCAUGACAACUUCCAUUAAUACCGACAAAAAGGCGCGUUUAUCUUUGUAAUUUGAUAUUCUAAGGAAUUUUCAUUCUUAGGAAAAUAGGUCACAUAGUGAUGCGACUCCGUAUAGUAUUUCUUGCAGAGCAAACGCAUAAAUGUUUUAGUUUUUAUAACAUAUUUCUUUGAUGCAUGCAAAUUGCUGGUUUUUCAUUUCUAAGUAUUUAUUUGUCUAAAGGUUAUUUGUGAUUACUAUUUCUGGGAAGAA